AUGCUGGAGACCUACCUGAACCUCACUGCUAUAGGUUACAAAUCAGAAGACAAUAAUAUUGAAGAACAUCUUCAAAAUUCUAGAAUAUAUGGAAGGCAUAAAGGAAGUCUUGCCAGAGAGAAACCCUAUGAAUAUAUUCAAUGUGAUAAAGCCUCUACACUUCACAGUGAUCUUCAAUGGUAUGAAAGAAUUCACUCUGAAGAUAAACCGUAUGAAUGUGGUAAAGCCUUUUCUUACCACAGUAAUCUCCAAAACCAUAAAAGAACUCACAAUGGAGAAAACCCCUAUGAAUGUGAUAAAUGUGAUAAAGCCUUUUCACAAAAGAGUAAUCUCCAACAGCAAAAAAAGCCACAUUCAGGAGAGAAACACUAUGAAUGUAAUGAAUGUGGUAAAGCCUUUUCACAACACAGUACUCUCAAAAACCAUAGAAGGACACAUUCUGGAGAGAAACCCUAUGAAUGUAAUGAAUGUGGUAAAUCCUUUUCACGACAGAAUCAUCUCCAGAGACAUAAAAGAACACAUUCUGGAGAGAAACCCUAUGAAUGUAAUGAAUGUGGUAAAGCCUUUUCACGACAGAGUCAUCUCCAGAGACAUAAAAGAACACAUUCUGGAUAG